GUAUUAAUAAUGUAAGUAAUGAUGUCAUUUGGGAGAGCAUAUGAUUAAAGAGAUAAUCAUAACAACAAUAAUGACUACAAUUAAGCGCAUUAUUGUCUCAUUGAAGACCAUUAGACCACACAUUGAUGACUACUGGUUUGCCAUACCAUCGAUGGUCAACACUAUCGGCGAUUUGAAGAAAGUCUUGACCGGAGAAGAGUAUGCAUUGAAUGCCGAAGAAGUGAAUCUGUUUAUGGAUAAUGUUUUAUUAAGAGACAACUCGUUGAUUGAUAUGAUUGAAGACAAAGACAGAAUUGAGAUCAGAGCCAAAGCUUCGGCUAAUAUAACAACUGAUGUCAACAACUCUGCGAAGAAGAAAGACUUUAGUUAUCAACCGAUGGCUAAAGACAUUACUGUAACAGACAGUAAUUGUAUAGUAAAUGUGGACAGAGAAGAGAUCAGAGACACUGAUAUAAGUCCUAUGAUUGACAUUAAAGUUAAGAAAUUAAUUAUUGAUAAUAAUAAUGACGAAGAAAUGAUUGAUAUUUCGGAUGAAACUUUAAGUGAUUAUAGCAGUGAUAAUGAGUCCAAUGAUAGGGCACUGAAAAACUACUUCAAUGAUAGGGAUUAUAAUAAUAAUAAUAAGACUGUUAACAAACAAGAGAAACCAAUUGAAUCUAUGGUCCAAAUCAAUGACAACACUUUAACACCAGCUAAGUAUUGUUUCCAUGUUUUCAACUACCAGUAA